UUUUCACUUUUAAUUUAUUCAGACAUUUAAACUCAGCUUCUAACAAUGAACGAAGGAGAAAGAUACGAGAAAAUUUGCAGUAAACUUUCAAUUACUCCCCAAAUGAGAGUGAUGGAAGGUUUAAACAAGAAUUGUCUCAACUUGAAAAGUCGGCAUUUGGGAUGCUUGCAAGUGAUUGCUAUAGCAGAGGCUUUACAUAACAACUCAAGCAUCGUUAAUUUUAAUUUGGAGGACAACAACGCUACUGCUAAAGGAAUAGCUAAACUAUGUUCCAUUCUAAAGCAAAAUCUCUCUCUUCAACUUCUAAAUAUUGGUGGUAAUUCUAUAGGAAAAGAAGGUUCGGCGUUUGUCGCCGAACUCUUAAUGGUGAAUGAAAGCUUGAAGGAAUUGAACUUGUCGUCUAAUAACUUUGACGCCUCGGCUGUCGCCCAUCUCUGUCAGGGUCUAAAGAUGAAUUCAACACUUUGUGUUCUAAACCUGAGUAGGAAUUUUAUUGACGAAGUGGGAGCUUAUCACUUGUCGCUAGGCCUAAAUGAGAAUCGAUGUUUAACAGAGUUGGAUCUUAGUUGGAAUAGAUUAUUGGGGAAGGGUGCAGUUGUUCUAUUUAAAUUUUUACAUUUAAAUAAAACAUUGAAAAGAAUAGAUGUCUCUUGGAAUGGUCUUGGAUAUGAAGGUUCCCUGGCGAUAAGGGAAUUCUUAAAAAAGAAUUCCAAUCUAGAGGAGUUACAUUUGAAUGAUAAUCGAAUAAAUUGGGAAGGAGCCAUUUUUAUAAGUCAAGGUCUUAAACAAAAUACUAAUUUAAAAUAUUUAGGCCUUGCUAAAAAUCCCCUAACGACAACCGGAUGUCUUGAUGUUAUCGACGCUGUUGGACGAUCGAAGUUGAGGAAACUCGAUCUCGGUGAUACGUCGGUUACAGGCGAAUUUGAGAUAAUAGUUAUGAUGAUAAAAAAAGAGCGCCAUUUUGAGUGUAAACACGGAGGAGUUGUUCCCUCGCACGAUAUUUUGGGUCAAAGGCAGGGGAGGAAAGUAGAACCCAUGCAGAGAGUGAUCGAUUACAUGAAAGUGAAGCAGUUGAGGCCAACCGAACUCUUUAGAUCUUUCGAUAAAAAGGUUACAAAGUUACUCUCUUUUGAAAAUUUUAUGGAAAGACUCGAAGUUUGUAUCUAUUUUUAAUAUCCCUUUCAGUACGUUUUAAUCAUUUAUAUAUAUAUAUAUUAUAUGUCUUUUUUUCUUCUUUUUUUCUAUCUAUGACAUCUUUUCCCUCUAACCCUUUCAACGUAUGUAUGUAUAUCUACUCGUCUGUCUAUCUUGGUUUGUCUUCUCUUUCUACUUCGUUGUCUAUCUGUCCGUGUCUUUUUCUUUUUCUUCUCUCUCUCGCUCCAUUCCUAACUCAGAAAUGUGGCAUCAAAUUGUACAAGCAUGAAAUUGCUGAAUUAAUGAAGCAUAUUCAAAUUACGACUGCGGAAGAAGCAGAUUCGACAAGUGUAAAUUACAAGUGAGUCUCUAUAAACAGCAAAAUAAUCUGUUUCCAAUCAAAUCCUUUCUUCUCUCGCUCUUUCUCUUCCUAAUUUCCAUACACCUUUAACUGACUUUUGCUUUUCUUCUUGACUAACUUCUAUCUAAUCAAAUAAUCAAAGACAAAGAGAGUAAUGAUUUCUAAUAAAUUCCUAGGAAAAUGAUUAAUAGCGUACAAAAACAAAUUAAAGCUGAAAGGCUCGUGAAAGCGGCCGAAAGACAAAGGAAACUAAAACUACAGGACUAUCAUCGGGAAAUUCUCAAUCAUAGCGUCGGGAUGACCUCUAAUUCUAAUACCACCUCUAAUUUAAAUGAAACGGAAGAACUGAAAGACAAAUUCAAUUAUUCUUCAAGACUCAGUAGUCUACCUUCGUCCAAUCUCAAUGAUAUUGAAAAGUCAAUGAAAGUUCAAAGACAUAGUUUGCCUGCUCUAAAUCAUCACGCGGUUGUUUCAAUGUCGGGCGAUUUGGGAAAAAAAGUGAACAUUUUUCCUUCUCCGAGACUACUUUCAAAUAUAAAAUCAAGGAAAACUUAAAAUUUAUCCUUUUUCGUGUUCUCUUCAAUCACAAAACUUGC